UUUAUGUGUUCAUUUUUCUAACUAAAUGUUCAUUUUUAAGGUCGUGGUCUAGCAAAUUUAUGAUUAUAUGAUAAUCAGAUUCAUUUUUAAUAAAUGAUCAUUUCCUUAUAACAUAUAAACUUUUUAGUAUUAAAUGUUCAUUUUUUUACGUGUUCAUAUUAAAUAUUCAUUUUUUUUUUCAUGUUCAUAUUUUUUAAUUAAAUAUUCAUUUUUUAUUUGUGCCGCGCGUUUUGGACCUCACUUAUUGUAGCUAUCUUAGCUGCACUAGAGUGCAGCCAAGACCAAUUGGCCUUGUAUCUCAUAUUGUGAAUAAUGGAUCUCGGCCCAAAUAUAUGAAGCCCAUUUAUUUCCGAAACUCCGUAGUUGCUUAUCAAGAAAAAGUGGAAAACCAUGCCAGAGUGUUUCUCCGCCGUUUCAACCUCCAGCAACAGCCAUAUCAGAGGUUUAUCAUGCUGAUUUCUGUAUUUAAGGCGGGGUUGUGUAUCUUCCGGUAGUCUCAAUGUCACCAGAUAGGGGAAAAUGGAAUUAGCAAGUUUAAGAGGCGCCCUAGUGCAGGUCUGCAGGAUCGUGCAAGGUUCCCUUUUUACAUUCGGAAUAUAGGCAUAAAUAUUUGGUUUUAUACGGGAAUGGAAUUGGGUUGGCCUAGAUUUUUGAUGAUGUAAAUUCAGAGGUUGGAUUCAUUAUUAAAAAUUUGUUGUUUACGGAUACUGUCUGUAUGCCUCUCUCCCAAGUCAGUACAUUAUUGAACAAGUGUUUGACAGUGAACCACACAAAGCAAAUCCACGCUCAGCUUGUUGUCAACAGUCUUUGUGAUCUUGAGAAUGAAUUGGUUUGCCGACUAGCUACAUCUCUCCUUAAUUUUACUCCAGCUAUUGUUCAUUAUGUCCAAACCAUCCUCCACCAACUGCAACAUCCUGAUUGCUUUUCUUGGUCUUGUGUUAUACGUUCUUUUGCUCAACAUGGGCAAUUCAAAGAGGCAUUCUUCCUUCAUGUUCAAAUGCAAAAAUUGGGAUUGCAUCCUAGUACGUAUUCAACUUCAUCUUCUUUGAGAUCAUGUGCUCGAAUUCCUUAUGAGGUUGGAGGCAUAUGCAUUCAUGCACAGGUUUACAAAUAUGAAAUCCUUCAUAGUGUCUAUGUGCAAACAGCUCUUCUGGACUUUUAUGCUAAACUGGGUGAUAUGAAGGCUGCCCAGAAGGUCUUUGAUGAGAUAGACCAGAAGAAUGUGGUUUCUUGGAAUUCGCUGUUAGCAGGGUAUUUGAAAUCUGACCUGUCGAUAGCAGAACAGUUGUUUGAUAAAAUGCCUUUCAAAGAUAUUGUUUCCUGGAACUCGAUGCUUUCAGGCUAUGCAAGGGCAGGGGAGAUGGAUAGAGCAUAUAUCUUAUUCCAGCAGAUGCCUGAUAGAAAUUUAGCCUCCUGGAAUGCUAUGAUCAGUGGGUAUGUGGAAUGUGGGAAAAUGGAUAUGGCACGGAGGUUUUUUGAUGAUAUGCCUCGAAGAAACAAUAUUUCUUGGAUAAGUAUUAUUUCUGGUUACUCAAAAUGUGGGGAUGUUGAUGCAGCUCAGGACCUUUUUAACCUUAUGCCAAGGAAAGAUGUGAUUUCAUUCAAUUCCAUGAUUGCUUGUUACGCUCAAAAUAGCCGACCAAAGGAAGCAAUCCAUUUGUUCAAUGACAUCCUAGAGAGAAAGUUGAUUGAUCAACCUGACAAGAUGACUUUGGCUAGUGUUAUAUCCGCUUGUUCUCAGUUAGGGGAUUUGAAUUAUGGUUCUUGGAUAGAGUUAUAUAUGAGAAGACUCGGCAUUGAAGUGGAUGAUCAUCUGGCUACAGCACUAGUAGACUUGUAUGCCAAGUGCGGAAGUAUUGACAAAGCUUAUGAGUUAUUCCAUGGCCUUGCUAAGAAAGACCUAGUUGCUUAUACUGCUAUGAUAGUAGGAUGUGGGAUAAAUGGCAAGUCUCAUGAUGCUAUCAGAUUAUUUGAAGAGAUGCUAGACGUCAAUAUUUCACCGAAUUCAGUCACGUUUACAGGGAUUUUGACUGCUUAUAACCAUGCUGGUCUAAUUGAAGAAGGCUAUCAGUGCUUUAAUAUGAUGAGUAAGUUCAGUGUGAUUCCUUCGGCUGAUCAUUAUGGAAUCAUGGUUGACCUCCUGGGAAGGGCUGGAAGGUUAAAAGAAGCGUAUGAACUAAUCAAGAGCAUGCCAAUUCCACCUCAUUCUGGAGUUUGGGGGGCCUUACUUCUUGCUUGCAGAUUACACAACAAUGUUGAGCUUGCAGAGAUUGCAGCACAACACUGCUUCAAUUUAGAAUCCGAUAAAGCUGGCUAUACCUCGCUUCUUGCCAAUGUAUAUGCAUUGAAUGAUAGGUGGGAUGAUGUUAAUAAUAUGAAGAAGAAUUUGAAGCGUAUAGGAUCACCAAGAAUUCCUGGUUCUAGUUGGCUAUAAAUUAGCAUCUUCCUUCAAAUUAUGAAAUUGUUAUCUAAUUUUCGCAACGAGGAACAUUCUUUUGCAGUUUUCCUGACAGUGGAGUAUUCUUCAGGUAUGUAACAUCUUAAAGCACAACUUGAGACUUGAUUAGUAUCCCUAAUGUGUUACCUAAAAUUAUACUGCUAUUUCAUAACACCAUAUUGAGUACUGUUGACCCCCCAUCUUUGUGUUAUGUAAGAGGAGACAAAAAAAAAAAAAACUAUCACCUUUUAAGCCUAAUAAUUACUCCUGCCAUUGCCAAUUGGUGUUAGGACGGAUAUGGAACUCGAUUGGGCCGAUUAGUGAUGCAACUAUUGUCCUCCUUUAUGGCGCCUAGAGGUCCCAUACCCCAUGUAUGAACACUAUUUUGCAAAAUUGAUAGCGCAUUCAUUUGUUACAUGACUAGCCAAAUUCAUUACUGUCUCUGAUUCUCAGUAAGUGGUAGAUAUCUGUCAUUAGAUAGUGAUUACUGAUUAGUAUACCUAACUGCAUCGCAAUUGGCAGUCUGUUUUGUAUUAUAAUGAAACAGAAAUAGUGUUUUCAACUUGGCUACAGAUUUUGUUUU